AUGGUUUUGUACUUGCUUAAUGGACCCUACAAAGAAAAACAGAGAAUCUACACGGACGCCUCCAAGAUUGGAACGAGAUGUGCUGUAGGCGUGUAUGUGGAAGCACACAAGAAAAGACUGUACUUCAAACUAGAAGAAGAAACGAGUAUCACGUCAGCGGAAAUUUUGGCUAUUCGGAUAGCAAUGGGAUAUAUCGAAGAAAGGGAAAUGAACAACGUCGUAGUACUCACCGAUUCCAGAACUGCCUGCGAAAUGCUAGAAGACGUCCAAGCACUCAGAGCCGGACCUGAGAUACUAGCUGAAAUACUAUGCAUCGCCGACCGUCGGAAUACAUCUCUACAAUGGGUACCCAGUCACACUGACCUAAAUGGUAACGAGAUAGCAGACGAGCUGGCCAAACUAGGACUCACUUGCGACGAUCCACCAGUUUACCGCAAUAGGAUUCUUCGUACCGAUUCACAAUUUCGACUGAAAAAUAUAAAACAGGAGAAAGCCGAAAACUGGUACCAACAAUAUUCAGCUGAAAAGGGGAAAAAAUACUAUGAGAUACAACCAUCUUUUGACCUAGAACCAUGGUUCACAAAAACAGACAUGUCGGGACCAGACAUACGGCUUACAAACAGAUUAAUGGCAGGACACGAUUUCUCCAAAUACUGGCUGGGAAAAAUGAAAUUAACAGAGAGCGAAAACUGCGAUACUUGCCAUGUUCCCGAAACCGCAGAGCACACAAUUCUGCGAUGUCCGGUAUAUGAUACUAUUAGAGCAAAUUAUAGUUUUGGAACAAAAUUCACUAGCUUGACAGAGCUUUAUAAAACUAAACAAAAAGAGCUUUACUCAGAAGUCAUCAAAUUCGUUCGACAAACUAAUCUGAAUCUAUGA